AUGGAUACCAGCGCAAACCGAGGCGGUAGUACUGGGCCUGCCAGACGACGGGCGUCCCGCUCUGGAUCGCACUCCCAUAAACUUUCAUCGGGCAGCGUCUCCAGUAUCUCCAGUCGCAAAGGCCGGCACGUCGAGCCAGUAGCCAGCUUCGAGGUACCUGUGGAUGCGGACCUGUCCAUGCCUCCACCGCCAAUGCCAUUGCCAGUCAAAAGCCCUCGUUCCUCCUUUCCCCCUACCCGCCGUGAGUCCAACACGUCUGAAAGUGCCUGGAGCGAAGACCAUCGUCCCUUCCAGGCAAAUCUGCGCAACGUGAGCGGCUCCUCUCCCCUGUUGGCCGAUGAUUCGGAUGACGUUGCCGUCGACGACCAUGAAAACACCACCCCGCGACUAGGCCCCACGACUACUGCUCAUCAUAUUAUUCGGGAUCCCAGCGGCAGCAUCGACCGCCUGCCCGAGCCAGCAUUGACUACAAGGUCCUCCUUCUCGGACGAGGGCCUCUCUUCUAAACGACUUUCUGUCUCAUCCAUUUACUCUUUAGCCUCAGCUCGCGGUAUUCCCAGUCCUGCAUCAUCAGAAGGUGGCAUCUCUCGUUCAGUAUCAGGCGUUAUCAUGGCAUCCAAUAAAGGAUUGGGUCCUUCUCCAGGCCACUCCGAGUCUGGCCUGUCCAAUGUGAUAGUCACCACCUCAUCAACUUCCUCGCAGGCCCAAGCUAGCACUUCUCAUCAGCUGGCACCGCGGGAGACAACUCACCCAAACCCGUUGGACGCAGUCAGGAGAAACCCUACCAAACCAGACCCAAACACCCGACCUCAGGCGCCAACCCGGUCCCGCAGUAGGGCCAAGAGAAGAUUCAGUGGAAGCACUGUAACUAGCAGCCAUAGUCCCAGUAGUGAACGUGGCAUUCAGACCGAGGUCAAGAAGGAUAAGUCCGAGGCCAAGUCGGCACCGCUGGGCAUCAUCGGCGUAUGUGCUUUGGAAUCCAAGGCGAGGAGCAAGCCCAGCCGCAAUAUCCUCAAUCGACUCAGGGGAAGCGAUGAGUUUGAGGUUGUCAUGUUUGGUGACAAGACUAUUCAAGAUGAAGAUGUUGAAAACUGGCCCAUUUGCGACUACUUGAUUUCCUUCUACUCGGAUGGCUUUCCUCUCGAAAAAGCCAUCUCAUAUGUCAAGGCGAGAAAGCCCUUCUGCGUCAACGAUGUCCCUAUGCAAAAGAUUUUAUGGGACAGACGUAUAUGCCUUCGGAUUCUGGACAUGAUAGGUGUCCCCACCCCCAGAAGAGUCGAAGUCAACCGCGAUGGCGGCCCUAGCCUCCUAACACCCGAAAUCGCCAAAUAUGUCAAAGACGUUACCGGGCUCACUCUUGAUCCCUAUGACCCGGAGAUGGUCCCUGCUCCGAGAGUAGUUGAAAUGCUUGACGAUGGAGAUAUUCUCAGCGUCGACGGUACACUUUUGAAGAAGCCUUUUGUCGAGAAGCCAACCAGUGGCGAGGAUCACAACGUUAUUAUCUAUUUUCCAAAGUCACAGGGCGGCGGUGCUCGCAAGCUUUUCAGAAAAAUCGGCAACAAGAGCUCGGAAUUCGUUGAGGAUUUGGUCGUGCCUCGGGCUAUCAGUGAACCUGACAGCAGCUACGUUUUUGAACAGUUCAUGAGAGUGGAGAAUGCCGAGGACGUCAAGGCUUAUACCGUCGGGCCCAACUAUUGCCACGCCGAAACAAGAAAAUCCCCCGUCGUGGACGGAAUUGUUAAGCGCAACACGCACGGCAAAGAAAUCCGCUAUGUCACUCCGCUCAACGACGAGGAAAAGGAGAUCGCGAGGAAGAUCUCUACCACUUUCGGGCAACGCGUAUGCGGCUUCGACUUGCUCAGGGCAGAUGGUAAAAGCUAUGUGAUUGAUGUCAAUGGUUGGAGCUUUGUCAAAGACAAUGAUGACUACUACAGUCAUUGCGCGAGGAUCCUGAGAGAAAUCUUCAUUCAGGAAAAGCUUCGUCGGGGAGGCUCGACACCUCCGCCAUUGCCAUCUCCCACAACACUCGAUCAUCGCGAUCCAUUGUACAAGGCUGCCAUGUUGGCCAAGGAUCGAGAACCUCGAGGCGAGGCUUUAGAAACGACCCCUGUCAAGUCACCAGCUGCAGUCAAUGCCCCAACAUCCACGCCAAGGCCAUCUCAACUCGAGGCCACAACUGCAGAAGAUGUCGGUAUGGUGUCGGCUUCAACAUCUGAAGCUGGUCCGUCGGUAGCACCGUCCAAGGUCCAGAGCGGCCUCACGUCUCCACUACCCGCUGUUCAGGCAGACGCUGUGGUAGCCAGCCUUCCGGCAACUGCGCCGCCCACGCUACCUGGAACACCAUCAGUGGUGCCAAGUGAUGUUUCCGGUCAGACAUCGGAGCAACCAACGCCUCCGCCGCCACCACCAAAGCAUCAGUGGAAGCUCAAAGGCCUAGUCUCUGUCAUACGCCACGCAGACCGGACGCCUAAACAGAAGUUCAAGUUCACGUUUCACACGCAGCCUUUUAUCGAUCUUCUCAAAGGCCAUCAGGAAGAAGUCCUGCUCAUAGGCGAAGCUGCACUAGCCAGCGUCAUCGAAGCUGUUGACCUGGCUAUUAGGCAAGGCGAGGAGGACGCUUCAAAGCUCAAGACUCUUCGAAACGUCUUGAUCAAGAAAGGCGGUUGGGCCGGCACAAAAGUUCAGAUCAAGCCGAUGUUUCGUAAGAAGAAGACGGAAGAAAUGACCCCUACUCCUGAAGCCAAGACGGCAGAGAAUCAAGAGGCACCAAACGCACCAGACAGCUCUGUCGAUGCAGCAUCUAACGAGGUAAAGGAGACUGAGCCUCCAAAGGAAGCCGACAGCUCGAAUCCAGCCAUUGAAGGCCAAAGACGUCCGGCCAAACGCAGUGACUCCAUGUCUGGCGUGACAAUGUCCAAGUUCACUGCCGCAGAGAACAGCCUGGUGCUUGACAAAUUGCAAUUGAUCGUCAAGUGGGGAGGAGAGCCUACACACUCAGCCCGGCACCAAGCCGUGGAGCUUGCGCAAAACAUGAGGAAUGAUUAUCUACUUCUCAACCGCGACGUCUUGGAUGAAGUCCAUGUCUUUAGUAGCUCAGAGCGAAGAGUAACAACUAGCGCUCAAAUCUGGGCCACAACGUUUCUUGAUAGAGACGAGCUCCCAGAAGACUACAUCACCGUCCGAAAAGACCUUCUGGAUGAUUCGAACGCCGCAAAGGACGAGAUGGAUAAGGUGAAGAAGAAGCUAAAGGGUCUUCUUCGUAAGGGUAAUACGCGUCCCCCGCAGUUUGCUUGGCCAGACAAUUUCAUGGAACCAUCGGAGGUGCAAGGGCGGGUAGUUCAGCUCAUGAAGUUCCACCGUAAGGUCAUGCAGCACAACUACGCCAAACUUACAAGUGGUGCAAUGAAUUCCUUGACGGCGCUGAGCAACUCCAGCGCGGAGAAGCUCAAUGGUGAAGGCUCUGGAUCGUCGGCCUCGUCGCUUUCGCAAGCCAACACGAUAAGCAACAUUCAGGCCAGAUGGUGUUCGCAGGAGGAUCCAGAGUUGUUCCGUGAGCGUUGGGAGAAGUUGUUUAUUGAGUUCUGCGAUAAUGAAAAGGUGGACCCCAGCAAGAUCUCGGAACUCUACGACACCAUGAAGUUCGACGCCCUCCACAAUCGAGCUUUUCUCGAAUGGGUCUUUACACCGACCAAGGAGAUGCUCCAAGAAGAGUUCAACAUUGUGAUUGGGCGUGACGGAAAGACUCAGGAGUUCGAGGAGGGCAAGGAGAGUAAGAAUCCUGACGACAAAUCCGAUAAAGGUCAGGCCUCGGGUUCAUCUCCAAGUGACAAAACGGAUAAGUCUGAGCGCACUGAACGGGGUGAAAAAUCCGAUAUUCAAAAGACUGCCAAAAGGAUAUUCAGGCGGCGGUCUUGGAGAAAUGUUCGGCAACAAGGCGAGGCUGCUCUACCUGAACAGUACUUCAAGCUACAAAAGGGGAGCGGUCCUACCAAAGCAAAGACCGAUGCUCGUUUCGAGCCUCUCAGAGAGCUCUAUAAGCUGGCCAAGAUCCUGUUUGAUUUCAUUUGCCCUCAAGAAUACGGAAUAUCCGAUGCUGAAAAGCUUGAGAUUGGACUUUUGACCACGUUGCCCCUACUCAAGGAAAUCGUGCAGGAUCUCGAGGAGAUGCAAGCUUCAGAAGAUGCGAAAUCAUUCUUUUACUUCACAAAAGAAUCCCAUAUCUACACACUGCUGAAUUGCAUCAUGGAAGGCGGCAUCAAGACAAAGAUCAACCGUGCGACUAUACCCGAGCUUGAUUACCUAUCGCAGAUUUGUUUCGAGCUCUACGAGUCAGAAACCAAGCCACCUGCCUCGUCUCCGGACGAUCCGUCGACGUUUGCAUACAGCAUCCGCAUCACAAUCAGUCCCGGUUGUCAUAUAUACGACCCGCUAGACAUCCAGCUCGACAGCAAGCACUGUAUUGGUUACGCAGCACGCAGAAGUCUGACUGACCACAACGACUGGAAGACCGUAAUUGAGACUCUUCGGACCAAAUUCCACCAGGUGAAACUGCCAAAGACAUUCCUCGCAGUCAACCUGUCCGAAGCAUUCACAUUCCAAGAAAAGGAGCGCCAUAACUCCGAGGUCGAUGUGUUGGAGAUGAAGAACCUUGAGCACACCAAAUCACCAAAGGUGGCAGCUGCCACGCCAUCCGACGAUCAAGUCGACCCUAGCUCGUCUAUUGAGCAAAAAGAGGUUCCGGCGGUCCCGGCGGUCCCAGAAGAGACACCGAAAUGA